AUGAUUCCCUCCACCCCCUACCCCACAGAUCAGAUCCUCCAUCAUUCCUCAGCGGAUGUAUGGCCCCACACCUACGUCUCCCAGGGUCUCUACUGCCUCAGCUCCUCGGACGCCUGGGAGCCAAUGAGCAACGAGCCUUCGGGUGUGGCCUCCCCUGCUGCAGGCUCCUAUGUGGUGGCAGGAGGGCCGUCCUCCCAGGGCUACGAGGAGAACUCCGUCUACUUCCAGCAGCAGCCCCAACAGCAGAACCCGCAGCCCAACCAACAGCACCCACUGCACCACUUGCAACAGAUCCAGCACUACCAGCAGCAGCAGUUACUGCAGUACCAGCAACAGCAGAUGGACAGGCUCAGCCAAACCCACUCCCUUCAGGCCACGCCCAACAGCACCAUACACAGUCAGCAGGCGCCCUCUGUGCACACGCCAUUGGUGGACCUCUGGGGGGCGAGGCAGACAGAGUCCUAUCCGACGGAGGUGGGCGGCUACGUGGGCAUGUCGGUCGGGGAAGGGGGCGUGGCCGUGUGCGAGGAGCCCUCGGUGGAGAGCGCGCCCCUGCUGGAGAAAGAUGCAUCGCAGGACGAGGAGGAUCCCGAGCAGCCGAGGGAGGCGGAGACCAGCACCUCGCCGCGGGAGGACGCCGGCGCCGUCACGGGGGGCAGCAGCCCGGGAACGGCCCCCGGGGGGGAGCCAUCGGCGGACAGGAAGUGCUCGGAGGUGACUUCCUCUGUGGCCCCCUCGCUGGAGGAGGGGGAGGACGGAGAGCCUGCCGAACUGUCCACUGCCAUCAUGGCCACCACCAACUGAGAGACGGGUGACUCCAGACCCAGCGCCCGAGCCGAGGGGUGGACAGAAGGUCACAGGAGCGGGCGGAGGAAGAGGAGGGCGGAUUGCUGGAGCAGACGAGCGCUGCAGUCCUGCGCGGAGGACUCCACCCACACGCGGGGGACAUGAACACUGGGGCGCAGAGGGACACGGAGAAGGGACGACACAGCAAGCGCAUGCCUUUUAAACAACACUGCGGGCCGGGCACAGGACCCGUCGCAAGACCAUUUAAAAAAAAAAUCGAAACAAAUUCUAUAUGUAUGUAUAUAUGAGAAAAAAAAUGUUCUACAGAUCUAAAAACAAUGAGAUUGUGCAAACAGAAGGGAUCCUACUGCGAAAACCACUAUCUCGCCGAUCUCCCGUUUCACUGAUCAACACGUUUGAUUUCUUCAAUUCAGGGAACGAUCGAUCAAUAGAGAUUUUCUCGGCGGCUUUUUGCAGCCUUUUACCACCCGUGCAAUGGAUUUGCUUUUUUUUAAAAAAAAUAAAAUAAAACGUUUUAAAAGGACUUCCAAAACUCUCUUCCUCCGUUCCGUGGCUUUUUAAAGAAUUCGGUCCCAGAUCGAUCGGCACCGGUGAUCUUCGACAGUGACCGUCGGCAAACCGGGCAGCAGUUUGCAGACUGAAGGAAGACAUUUUCCCAAACCACCUUCUGUUAACGUGUUGGUUUUUUUUUUUAAUUACUAUAGAAAACUUAAUUGCUAUUUGACUUAUCAAAUACAUUUUGUAAACGCAGUUCUUCGACAGCGCCUCCCGGUGGAUGGCGAGGGUGGUGGCGAGGUGAUCGCUAGGCUUGUGCGUUGGCCCUUGAACGCAUUUGCCGUCUUUUAACCAUUCUGAAGCGACUCGUACAUAUAUAUAUAUAAAAAAAAGUUCAGAUCAGCUGCGGGUUUUUUGCUCAGUGCCACGAUUUUAGAUUUAUUCGCAGCCCCACGGCGGGUGUGGCUACUUUCCAUU